CCCUAGCAUACAAGACUUUCGCCAUGUAUGAAAUACUCCGUGACGGACAUUCGGGCAGGAAAUCAUAUUGGGGGUCCGGGACUAAUUCUGCUUGAAUUCUCCUGCUCGCGGACAGCCAGCCCUCAAUAUUCACAGCGUAAUGUAUGAACCCCUGACAUCAUACUUUUUCUCGCUCCAUCCAUUUUCACUCAGGGGUCACCGAGAAAAUACCCCAAGAUGUCGAGCCAGAACCUCUGCCCGCAAUGCGGCUACAAUUCACAAAAGUGUCUCAUCAAGUUCCACCCCGUCAAACUGGCAGGUUCGCGUAUGUCUGAACUACUGAAAUCAAAUUGCCCCCCUCUCGAUACCGAACGUCUUCAGCUGGAGGAAUUUAUUGGUGAAAAUCGUGGAUUCGUAGCCAGUUUGCAGGAACGGGUCAGUCAAGCGCGGGCAGUGCUGGAUGAACUCUUGGAAGAGGAGAGACGCGUUAAGGACAUGAUUGAAUCGUGCAAGACCUUCAUCCAGCCCAUUCGUAGAAUCCCAGAGGGUGUUAUCCAUGAGAUUUUUUCGAAGUUCUGCGAUACUAAAAGGGAGGGAAAGGAUUCAUUGGACAAGAAAUUUGCCCCACUGGUUCUUUCGCAGGUCUGCAGGGACUGGAGGAACGUUGCGGUAUCGACAUCUCGACUCCGGUCCUUUAUAACGCUGGACUUUGACUGGUAUCGUGACGAGCUGGCAUGCCAGUAUCUCCUUCAGACAUAUCUUCUACGUUCUGGGAAGCACGAUAUCACGCUCUCCAUACACAGCAACAGCGAUAUUUCAAGGAGUCAUCUUAUUUCUGUUCUUCUCUUAUGCGCCCCACGGUGGACCAAUCUUUCAUUGUCUAUUCCCUAUGAUUCACUACACGCCUUUUCGGCAGCCAGAGGUUCCGUUAAUCGUUUGAACCGACUUUCCAUUGAGUUCGUUGGCAACGUUCCUGGGUUAAGCGUAAGGUUGGCCAUGUCCGUAUUUAACACCUUCGAGUACGCUCCACUGCUCCGAAGCUUCUCUCUGAAAGGAGUACUCAGAGGCGUCGAGCAGAUGAACCUACCAUGGUCUCAGCUCACCGAGUACAGUGGAAAUGAUUGGACGAGUGGCUAUAUUGAUAUCUUGAAGCGAGCGCAGGAUAUGGAGAGCGCUUCCUUACAAUGCCACGAUGACUCGGAAUUCGAAGGGAUGUUCCCUUCCUUAUCUCACCGACGUCUUCGUGUGCUUCAUGUACACGAAGAGGAAGAGAAUCUGGAUAUAGAAGACAUCCUUUCCGAAGGAGGGAUCGUCCACUUUCUUUUGCAUGUGGAGUUUCCCGCUCUGGAGUCUCUGAAGAUGACGUACGUCCAUCCGUAUAAUGUUCAAGUCCCCAAGUCCCUACUCGGCUCGACCGCGCGCGGCUUGAAGUCCCUUUCCAUCGAUUCGCCAAUCAUCCUUUCUUCCAGAGCACAAGCUGAUUUACUCAACCUUCUCAGAACAACAGUGUCACUUUCGAGCUUCUCAAUGACUUGGUGGUCGAUACAUGCCAACCCUCAAGGCGACGGGUUAUUUUUAUGGCUCAACAGGAACAUCAACCCCGAUGUCGUUCCGAGACUCGCCUCACUAGCUGUCCGGUUUAUAAAUAGAGAGCCGUAUUUGUCGUCUUCAUUCGUUGAUAUGGUGCAGUCUCGGAGGUACGCUGCGUUUGUCGGUACCUUUUUCCAUAACACCGGUAGAGACGAACGUGGCUGGGCGUUGGAAGGAUAUGUGUGAUGAAGGCUUCGUCACUUAUGAGGUCGAGCCGUACUAGCUUUCUUACGUUCGAUUUAAGAACGUAUACAUAUCCAGAGUAUUAUUCGAGCGAGGACAGUGUUGUGUGAGGCGAGGGAUGUGUACAGGUUCAAGUUCACAAAGCUUGGCCAAGGCGACUAUGAAAUUGAAGGCAUACAUCUCUACGGCCUAUGGGUGAGGUACCGAGAGUCGUCAAAACUCAGUUGAGUUACUAUGGGUGAAAGACUCGACGCGUUGAGAUAUUCAUCGCAGACCCGGCGUACGGAAUGUGGAGAGAAU